GGCGGUUGAUUCGGGCAAAUCCCCCAGAAUCCGGCUCGUCGUUAGUCGGAUUUGUGAUUCCGUCAACGGAAAGACUUGCCAUCAGGGUGUCAAGUGUCGCCAAAAAACGAGGGAUUUCAGUGCAGCAUGCAAGAACCACAAGAUUACCAAGCCCUGUACCAUUAUGUAUUGUCAUAAAUGCCUCUUGAACAGGUAUGGCGAGAAGGCCGAAGAAGUAGAUGGUUUAGGAGAGUGGAGCUGUCCCAAGUGUAGAGGCGUGUUUGCAUGAAGAAAAGAGGUCAUCAACCCACUGGUAUACUUAUUAACACGGCAAAGGCAACUGGCUUUUCAUCUGUUUCUGAGAUGUUGCAACAUUUUCAAGCUUCUUUGCCUAAUAAGGUGAAACUUUUCAUUUCUUCUAUACCACUUACAUUAACAAUAAUUUUGACACUUGUUUUUGGCUCUAAAAAGCCGGGGAAGGAAAAUUCCGUUACUGCCAACAAGUCCAAGAAAGUUAAUCAAAGAAAACUGGAGAAGGAAGCUAUUGCAGAAAUGCACAACUGUAAUAAGAAGCAUGGAGCUGAAGGUAAUGAUUCACGUGGCGCUCACAUGUCAAAGAAAAGGAAGAGGUGUAGAUCGUAUGAGCUGGGAAUUAAGAAUGAUGCUGAUGGUAAGAAGGGUGAUGUCUCUUCAACAAGUCCUAGAAAAUUAGUAUCUGAACAAGAAGCAAAACUCAAAAUCGGACAUAAUCCAGAUCAAAAUAUGAGUUAUGAGGUCAAAAUGACCAGGAAAGAAGUUGUAAAGCGUUUAGAAGAUGAUAAAACAACGCGAGAUGAAAUUGAGUCUGCAAGUACGCUGGUUGUUUUAAAGCAGCGUAACGCCAAUAGUUUCCUUGACAUACCAAUGCCUCUGGGAAUAGAAUUGAAAAAUGUAGCCGGGCUUGAUGUAUCGGUGGAAGAUGUUGGGAAUGUAUUGCAGUUUUUAGAAUUUUGUGCUGCUUUUGGAAAGGCAAGUGAUUUAACUUGCAACCCCUACUUCUGAUACUCAUUUUUUCAAUCUAACUGGGACCUACAUUUGUAUAUAUAGCUUAUUUUGA